CAGAUUCACCCCCAACCCUAUCACGUCAACAACUCUUCCCGAAUCGCCUCUCCUCCCCCAACUCUUUGAUACUGCUCAGUUCGCAUUACCAAGAGGAUCACCAUUUAGUCCCGUCAUUCCAUAUUGCGAAGAAGUUUGCCGAUAUGUCGACGCUCGCAGACGAGCUCCUCCAAGACUUCGAAGGUUCCGGAUCAGAAGCAGGCGGCGACGAACAUGACGAUGGUCUUUUUGGCGGGGCGGGUCUCUCAGAUGGCGCGCGUGCAAAUGGAGAAGACACCGCCAUGGAGGAGGCGCGCGACGAGGAUGCAGACGAGGACGAAGAUGCCAAUAUGAUGGACGGGGCCGACGAAAGCCCUACUUCGGCUGCGGCCGGCGACCAUGACGACGACGACGCGAAGGCCAAAAUAGAAAAGAUGCAAUUAGGGGGCGUUCGCGAUGUGCGGACCGUGGCAGGUCUAAUGAAGACCUUAAUGCCGGUACUUGAGAAAAUCGCAUAUUAUCAGUCGCAACCCGCUCAGUCGACAGAGAAUGUUGGCAACGUGGAAGACCACCCCGAGUACCACCUCUUGACCCAGUCCAACAGUCUCUCGACGCAAAUCGACAACGAGAUUGUCCUUGUGCACAAGUUCAUCAGAGACCACUACUCGGUGCGGUUCCCGGAGCUCGAGACCUUGAUUACCAACCCCCUCGAGUAUGCAAAGGUCGUGGCCAUUCUGGGCAACGGGCCGAUGGACUCGGAAAGCAUCAAGACUCUGCAAUCGUCAACAAAUAACCCGCUGGGGGUCACGCUCAAGCAGGUUCUCGAUGGGCCGUCCUUGAUGAUUGUCACGGUAGAGGCCACGACGUCCAAGGGUCAGGCCAUGCCAGAAGACCAGCUCCAGCGGGUGAUUCAAGCAUGCGAGAUGGUGAUUGACCUGGACAAGGCCAAGAAAACCUUGACCGAGUAUGUGCAGUCGCGUAUGAACAUCUUCGCGCCCAACUUGACGGCACUCAUUGGCUCCUUGACGGCGGCACAGCUGCUCAACCAGGCCGGCGGCCUGACGGCCCUUUCCAAGACGCCGGCCUGCAACCUACCUGCGUGGGGAUCCAAGAAGCAGGCCAGCGCGGCGCUGGCCACCAACGUCGGCAUCCGGCAUCAGGGAUUUAUCUUCCAGUCUCCCGUGAUCCGGAGCAUACCGAGCGACCUCAAGAAACAAGCCAUCAAGAUGUUUGCCAACAAGAUCGUCAUGUGCGCCCGCACCGACUGCUUCCACCAGUUCCGCGACGGCUCCGAAGGCGAGCGACUAAAAGACGAGUGCCUCGACCGUCUGGACAAACUGCAACAGAAGCCCCUGAGCAAGGCCGCGCGGCCUCUGCCGGCGCCGGACGACAAGCCGAGCCGGAAACGUGGCGGCCGCCGGGCGCGCAAGGCCAAGGAGGCGACGGCCAUGACGGAGCUGCGCAAGGCACAGAACCGUGUGGCGUUUGGCAAGGAGGAACAGGAGGUCGGCUACGGAGUGGGCGACAGCACCAAGGGCUUGGGAAUGCUCGGACAGCGAGACGACGGGCGGCUGCGCGUGGCCCAGAUCGACAACCGCACCCGGGCCAAGCUCAGCGCGAAGAGCAAGGGUUGGGGUGGGGCAAGCUCGCUCGCCAGCGGCAGCGCCUCGUCUCUCAGGGGCCUCGCCGGAGGCGGCAGUGCCGGCGUGGGCAACCUCAGCCUGGCCAGCAGCAAGGGUUUGCGAACGUCAGGCGUCGGGACAACCCUGGGCUCGACUACGGCGGGCACGGUCUCUUCUCUGGCGUUCACGUCGAGCCAGGGCCUGGAGCUGGUGGACCCCAAGGUGCAGGCCGAGCUGAACCGGAAGCGCAAGGCGGACGAGGACCGUUGGUUCAAGAGCGGGGCGUUCACGCAAGUGGGCGGGGGAAGUGGCAACGAUGGUUUCAAAAAGCCCGAGCUGCCACCCAGCAAGAAGCUCGAUACGGGCUCAACCAAGUCAUAAGUCAUCAUCACUUUUUUUGGGAUUGGGGAAGAGGGGAAAGGGGGGAUUGUUGUUUGUAAAGGUACUGUGGCGCGAGCAACUCGUGUGAUUUUUUAGUCUAUAGAUACAUCAUGGUAUGCAGUGCUGAUGAGUCUGUGGCGGUUCGUGUUACGCGUAGUGCAGGCAGUUUGUGGGCGGUUACGAGUUUAGGCGGCGCGCGAGGGCACGAUGACGA